ACAAUGCCACCGCCGCCUGAGUACUUUUGGAGUUGAUGCCCUCCGUGCAACACGCGCGGACUAUUAAAAUCCCCGCCCCAGUAGCCUCGUGUGUUUUAAAGCGACCGCGGGAGCCAUCGGGCCAUCGCCGGCGGCCGAGAGCUCGUGUAGGUGUAGCGGCUGUUCCCAUGGCGUGGGCGUCAGGAGGCGCGGCGGCGGCGAUGGCGGUCGCUCUGGUGGCGGCCACGUUGCUGGGGACGGCGAGCGCAUCCCCGGCGGAAGGGAUCCAGCCGCUUUCCAAGAUCGCCGUCCACAAGGCCACCGUCGAAAUGCAGCCGUCGGCGUACGUGCGGGCGACGCCGUCGCUGCUCGGGGAGCAGGGAGAAGAUACUGAAUGGGUGACGGUGAAGUACGGCCGGAGAAUCCCUACCAUCGACGACUGGAUCGCCGUCUUCUCUCCAGCUGAUUUCAACUCGUCAGCUACGUGUCCUAACCCAUGGCCAGCAGAACCGCCGUAUCUCUGCACAGCACCCAUCAAGUAUCAGUACGCCAAUUACUCGGAAAACUACAUCUACCGGGGCAAGGGCAGCAUCCGGCUGCAGCUCAUCAACCAGCGCUCCGACUUCUCCUUCGCCCUCUUCACCGGCGGCCUCGACAACCCGAAGCUGAUCGCGGUGUCGGAGCCGAUCGCCUUCAAGAACCCCAAGGCGCCGGUGUUCCCGCGCCUGGCGCAGGGCAAGUCCCACGACGAGAUGACCGUGACGUGGACCAGCGGCUACGACAUCAGCGAGGCCUACCCGUUCGUGGAGUGGGGCGCCUUGGUCGCCGCCGGCGCCGGCGCCGCCCAUCCCCAGCAGGCCGCGCGCACUCCCGCCGGGACGCUCACCUUCAGCCGCGGCAGCAUGUGCGGCGAGCCGGCGCGCACCGUCGGGUGGAGGGACCCCGGCUUCAUCCACACCGCCUUCCUCAGGGACCUCUGGCCCAACAAAGAGUACUACUACAGGAUCGGGCACGAGCUCCACGACGGGUCCGUGGUGUGGGGCAAUCGGCCCUACACGUUCCGUGCGCCGCCGUCGCCGGGGCAGAAGUCGCUGCAGCGCGUCAUCGUGUUCGGCGACAUGGGAAAGGCGGAGCGAGACGGGUCGAACGAGUACGCGGCGUACCAACCGGGGUCGCUGAACACGACGGACGCGCUGAUCAGCGACCUGGACAACUACGACGUCGUGUUCCACAUCGGCGACAUGCCGUACGCCAACGGGUACAUCUCGCAGUGGGACCAGUUCACCGCCCAGGUGGCGCCCAUCACCGCCCGGAAGCCCUACAUGGUGGCUAGCGGCAACCACGAGCGUGACUGGCCCGACACGGCGGCGUUCUGGGACGUGGAGGACUCCGGCGGCGAGUGCGGCGUGCCGGCCGAGACCUACUACUACUACCCCGCCGAGAACAGGGCAAACUUCUGGUACAAGGUGGACUACGGCAUGUUCCGGUUCUGCGUCGCCGACUCGGAGCACGACUGGCGGAUCGGCACGCCGCAGUACGAGUUCAUCGAGCACUGCCUGUCGACGGUGGACCGGAAGCACCAGCCGUGGCUCGUCUUCGCGGCGCACCGCGUGCUGGGCUACUCCUCCAACGCCUGGUACGCGGGCGAAGGGUCCUUCGAGGAGCCCGAGGGCCGCGAGAACCUGCAGAAGCUCUGGCAGAAGUAUCGCGUCGACAUCGCCUUCUUCGGCCACGUCCAUAACUACGAGAGGACCUGCCCUAUGUACCAGAGCCAGUGCAUGACCAGCGAGAAGAGCCACUACUCCGGGACGAUGAACGGGACCAUCUUCGUGGUGGCCGGCGGCGGCGGCUGCCACCUGUCGGAGUACACGACGGCGAUCCCCAGGUGGAGCAUCUACCGUGACAAGGACUACGGGUUCGUCAAGCUCACGGCGUUCAACCACUCGUCGCUGCUGUUCGAGUACAAGAAGAGCAGCGACGGCAAGGUCUAUGACUCUUUCACCGUCGACAGGGAGUACCGCGACGUGCUCAGAUGCGUGCAUGACAGCUGCUUUCCGACGACGCUCGCCACCUAAAGGCUUUGUGUGUGGUUUAGUAGGGAUUAGAAGAGAUUCAGGAUAAUUUUAUCAUCUACAAGUCAAAAUCUCCUUCAAUCCUCUCGAAGCCUUGUUUGGCUGUAAUCAGAUUCACCUCAUUCUAUAUGUGGGUUAAGGUGAAUUAAAUUAAAGGUGGAAUCAGUAGUGCUAGCUACUAGUAGUCAUGAGGAGCUUGUGUUAGCUUGUUAGGUGCAGUGUGGUCAUGCAUGGCUUCGAUCUCAUGUGGCCCUCAACUCAACUUUCUGCAUCUACCAUUUUCGGUUAUACACUGGAGUAAAAAAAAUACCCGGCAAAUGUCAAAGCCGUUUUCAGAGUU